AGUGAAAUCUAAACCAUAUAAAAUGCUUAACAUCACUUAGCCGGUGCGGUGAAAUUAGAAUUUUGUGGCUUGGUGCAAAGUUAAGAGUACAGUUCAGUGAUGAAGUCGAUUUUGGUUGUAUUCAUACUUUUUAUUGCCAUUGGCUAUUCGCAAUCAACUGAGUGUGGGGAUGUGGGUCAGGUUUCGAAUGUAUACUGCGUUGCGAAGACAAUGUUCAAACUAUCCCUCAAGGACAAAGAGUCCUUGAAGUGUCCUGAUGGAACUGUGUGCGCCGAUGUGGUUGAAAUUUGCAGUAAAGCCCAGCCUGCUGUGUGUAAAAAUACAAACGUUGGCUUCUUAGGAACGUGCAAGGAAUGUCGUGAUUCAUCAACCGUGCAUAAAGUCUGCAUUAGCGAGACCGAAUACUCAAUCUGCAACAAUGGUUUCCUGCUAACAGCUCUAACGUACAGUUGUGAAAAGGCUACUCCAUAUUGUAAACUACUAACGACUAAUACCGGCGACGUGAAAGGAAUUUGUUCAGUAUCUCAAACCAAUGUUGAUUGCCCUGGCGCUUCGACGUACUAUGCAGACAGCAGCACAGCAGGUACCGGAACGAAUGAAAUUGAACUCAAUGACGAAUCAACUCCUGCUUGCACUGCAGAUGGUCAUUUUCCCAUUACUUCAGAUGAUACUUGUGUUCACUUCUACAGAUGUGAGAAGAAUACUUCAGGAGGAUUUAGGAAGGUCUUACUCAGGUGUCCAACAAACAUCUUAGCUUUCAAUCCUGCUACACAGCAUUGUGAGUUAUCGACAAACUUCGUGUGUUCUUCAACAUAAGACGUCGUUCUCUCCUGUUAUGAAUUUAGUUAAUCACGAAUCGAAAUCAAGGUGUUGUUUUAUUACACUAAAUGUAUUAUCUAAACAUAAUUC